CAUUUUCAUCUUCCAUCACCUCUCGUCUCUCUUUAUCCUCAGAUGUCUUCUCAUCUUGCAACCCAAUCAAACGAUCAUCCCUCCUUACUCCGGUCAUCCCUCAUUGCUCCGAUCAUCUAUUACCACUCCAAUCACUAUCUACUUCUUCCCCAAACCUCCUCUCUAAUAGAACUCAAAUCUGGUUCCUCGCACAAUAAUAAUAAUGACCAAUAGAUCUGAUUCAAAAAAUCAAUUCCUCUACAAAUGUAUAUCAGAUCUGUAAAGAAAACACAACAUUCCUUCAAUCAACAUCGACAGUUAAUUUAUGACUACUUAGUGGAGACUGCUGCUUGCAAUCAAACAAGAGAGCACAUAAAUGAGUUCUUGGAGAAGUGUAAGAAGUAUGGCCUUGCAAAAGCUGAGGUGCUCGAUAUCAUCAACCUCAGGCCAUCUUCUUUGGUUGAAAUCGAGCCGGUGGACCUAUUGUUAUGCUUCUGUCUGAGCAUUGUUGAACUGAUUUAUAUCAUUGAACAAUCUGUGAAGCGUUUCAAGGAGCAUUUCAAGAAAUGUUUCGAAGAACAACUGAAAGAGCUAUUGGAUUUGGUGGCAGAGGUGUUGCCUGCGGCUCCAACACAACAGAAACCUGAAGAAGAGAUUGAGGAGGAAAACGAAGAAAUGGCAGAUGGUGAAAUAACUGAGAAUGAGAGGCAGGCUGCAGAAGCCCAACAGAUAACACAAGGAUGAAAAUGAAGGAAAUGGGGAUGAGCUGCAAAUGAAGUAACUGACUCUGU